AUGAAGUUUGGAAAGAAGCUUAGAUAUGAGUGUGUGUCGGAGUGGCGUGCAAAGUAUAUGGCCUAUGGCAAGUUGAAGAAGUGUCUAAGAUCACUCUACACAUCAAAUGGCAAACCACCAAAGAAUAAGAACAAGUCUCGUACAUUAUCAAUCUCAUUCUUUGGCAGUGGCAGCGGUGGCAAUGGCAAUAGUAAUGGAGAUAGCAGUGGCAGUAACAAUGGAAGUGGAAGUAACAGUCCAAUUAUGAAUAAUAGUAUGGACCCGGAGAGACAACCUUUGAUAUCAUCAUAUCAACAUCAUCACAAUGACUCACUACCAAUUGACUUGGCCACACUACCUUCAUCAAACGAAGAGAAGGACAAGUUCUUUAUAUCACGACUGAUGGAAGAGUGUGCCAUGGUGAACGACUUCUUCCGACUCAAAGAGAAUGACAUCAUUGGACACUACAACAAACUCACCGAGCAUGCGUCAAUCAUAUUGAAAGAGAAGAAUCCAAAUCCAAAGUUGUUGAAGAGUAUAAGGAGAGCAUUUAUGGAGAUAUACCAGGGAUUGUCAAUGAUUGAGAACUAUGUAACAUUGAAUCAUAUGGGAUUCCAGAAGAUCCUAAAGAAAUUCGACAAGUGUGCAUCAAAGAUUUACAAGGAGACUACAUUGUUGGCAAUCGAGAGUGAACCAUUCAUGGCAUCCAAUCAAUGGAAGAACAUGAGGAAUGAUGUAGAGCUCCUGUAUUGUAAGAUAUUUGAUAUUGACCGUAUAUCUACGGCCAAACAGAAGCUCAGCCCAAAGUCUAGCUCAAACUCAUCGGACUAUCAUAUGAUGAAGCUUGGUCUGGCGAUUGGUUGUACAUUGACAUUGCUCACAUUGCUCAUUGUACUGUUCACCAGUGGACAUGUCAAUGUACAUCCGGACUGGGACCGAUUCGUCUCGGUCAUACCGGUGUUCCGUGGCGUGGCCCUGCCCAUCCUGGCCGUGUGGCUAUGGGGCAUCAACGUGUGGAUCUGGGAGAACCAGCGCGUCAACCACGUGCUCAUCUUUGGCCUGGACCCCAGGACGACGGUCUGUCAUCGAAGGAUCUUCAAGACCGCGUCAUUCCUCACGUUCAUCUUCCUGGCCACCUACUUCCUAUUCUGUGGCACCAUCACUGGCAACUUCACACUGGGUGCCAUCCCCGCACAGGUCUACCCAAUGGCAUUGGUCAUCUUCUCGCUGUUGGUCAUGCUAUUCCCCUUACGAUUCUUCCAUCGCAAGUCACGUCUUGUACUACUCACUACACUUGGCAACGUAUUCAUCACACCCUUUGGCAGUAUCAAGUUCCGUGCACUCUAUCUUGGUGAUGUCCUAACAUCGAUGGUCAGGACAAUCUUUGACUGGGAGUAUACUGCUUGUUACUUUAUAACUGGAGACUGGGAGGUCAAUGAUGGAAAGAGAUGCAAUCGUUCGAAUCAGAUUGCACUUCCAGUGAUCUCUGGACUGCCAUUGUUAUGGCGUAUGAUGCAAUGUAUGCUACUAUACAGGGAGACACGUAACAAGCUACAUCUUGGCAACACUGGCAAAUAUGCCUUUGGUUUCUGCGUCGUCCUAUUCUCCUCACUUGAGGGCAACUACUCGAGAUACCCUGAACCAUGGACACCUGGUAGGAUAGUAUGGUGCGUAUUGUUUGUGAUGGCUACAUUGUAUAUGUAUGUAUGGGAUGUGUUUGUGGAUUGGCGCCUGAUGUGGCGCGGAUCCCCUCGUCCAAUGCUUCGCAAGCAUUUGAUCUUCAAGAAGUAUAUGUGGGCCUACUACUACGCCAUCAUCAGUGACUUGUUCCUGCGCUUUGCCUGGACCCUGACCGUCACACCAUUCGUCUUCAACGUGGGCAUCAGCAACGAGCUGUUUGUAACGAUACUGGCCACGGUGGAGCUCGUGCGUCGAUUCACCUGGUCCAUCUUCCGUGUGGAGAAUGAGCACAUCCAGAACUCAUUGACGUUCCGUGCUUUUGACAUCUCCGAGUCGGACGCGUCGUGGACUAAGGAUGUCGCUGAGAAGGACAAGUCGAAGUUGGCCGCAGUCUCUGGUGUGACCAAUGUGAAUGCCAAUCCCGACACUGACUUUGCCUCGAACAAUGACAACUGGCAAGAGAUAUCCAGUCAGUACUAUUCCAAGAAGAGCUGGCUGGACAACCUCAAGCAGAAGCUCUUCUCAUCCUCCUCCUCGAGAUCAUCAUCAAGCAAACGAGCCAAAGAUGAAUCCAACGCUGAGGAGAUUGAUGAUUAA